UGAGUGCGUGCUACGGCUGCUGCUGCUGCUUGUCACUCAUUGUGCCGUGAACACGGGUAGCGACAAGGACCAAAAUUCCGUCCGGUAGCUGCUGUUGUCUCCUGGCAAAGGCUGAUAUCUGUUUCCCCACCUCCUCAGUAGAGACCCCUGGCUUGUUUUUUAAAGUGCGUCUGCUCUUCAAGGAGAAUAUCUGUGACACAUAUUGCAAUGCUUCAAACAAGGGACCUCAUCUGGGGAUUGCUAUUCAUUGGCUGUGCAGCCGCCAUCCAAGUGCAAAUCACUCCAACACAAGGAGAGAUCAGCGUAGGAGAGUCCAAGUUUUUCCUCUGCGAAGUGGUGGGAGAUGCUAAAGACAUAGACUGGUAUGCCCCCAGUGGGGAGAAGAUCCUCCCCAAUAUGCCAGACAUCUUUGUGAACCGUGCCGAUGAAACCACGUCGACUCUUACCAUAUACCACGCCAACGUGGACAGUGCCGGUAUCUACAAGUGUGUGGCAAAGAACGGGGACAAGGAGGCCCAAGCCACAGUCCAAGUGAAGAUCUUCCAAAAGAUCACUUUCGCGAGUGCUCCCAGCCCACAGGAGUUCAAUGAAGGCGAUGAUGCUGACAUAGUCUGCAAUGUGGUCAGUUCACCACCACCCACCAUCAUUUGGAAGCAUAAGGGCUCCAAGAUCCAGGUUGCCAAAGAUGUGCGAUACAAGAUCAUGGAUAAUGGCCACCUGCAGAUCCGCGGCAUCAAGAAGAUAGAUGAGGGCAUGUACAACUGUGAGGCUCGUGUCAUGGCCAGGGGAGAAAUUGACUUCAAGAUGAUCAAGGUUGUUGUUAAUGUGCUUCCCACCAUCCGUGCCAGGCUGUCGGAGGUCAAUGCUACAGCGGAUAUUGGCAGCUCUGCUUUGUUGGCCUGCGAUGCAGACGGCUUCCCUGAACCCACCGUCACCUGGGCACAUAACAACAUUGUCCUUGAAACGGGUGAUAAGUACAGCCUGAACGAGGAUGGUUCAGAAUUGGUAAUAAAAGAUGUCAAGAAAGUGGAUGAAGGAGAUUACACUUGCAUCGCCAAGAACAAGGCAGGAGAAAAAGCCGAGGAAGUCAGCCUAAACGUGUUCGUGCAACCCAAGAUUACCUACCUGAAUAACCAGACUGCAUCAGAGUUUGACGAUCAAGUCACCCUGACCUGUGAGGCCUUGGGUGACCCCACACCCACCAUCUCUUGGAGUUUUGAAAACAGGGUAUUCACUGAAGGAGAGCAGAGCCUCGAUAGAAAUAUUGUGGUACGCAGCCACGCGCGGGUGUCCUCGCUCACCCUGAAAAACGUUGUGUUCACGUACGCCGGCCAGUACCUCUGCACCGCCAGCAACUCCAUCGGCCAGGACAACCAGCACAUGUACCUGGAAGUCCGCUAUGCUCCAAAGAUCCAGGGUCGAGUGACUGUGUACACGUGGGAGGGAAAUGCGGCCAACAUCAGCUGCGAGGUGGAAGCUCACCCCGGAGCCUCAGUGGUUUGGUUUAGGGACGGCCUCCAGCUGCCCUCUGCCAACACCACCAACAUGAAGCUCUACAACACACAAACUGUCAGCUACCUGGAGAUUACACCUGAUUCUCAGAAUGACUUUGGGAGCUACAACUGCACAGCAACCAAUGCGAUGGGCGCUGACUCUAAGGAGUUCAUUCUGAUUCAAGCAGAGGUGCCAUCGUCACCAGAAAUUCAACAAGUGGAACCAUUCUCCAGCACAGCAGUGGUAGCGUUUGAGGAGCCCGACUCCAUGGGUGGAGUGCCCAUUAUCAAGUAUAAAGUGGAAUGGCGUUUGCCGGGCCAGGAUUGGACUGGCAGUGAGCACGAUGCUAAUGACGAAAUGACCACGAUCACCAUCGUUGGCCUGAAGCCAGAGACCACCUACGAGGUCAAGAUGUCCGCCAUCAACGGCAAGGGCGAAGGCGAGAGCAGCCCGGCCAGCACUUUCAAGACCGAGCCAGUCCGGGAACCCAGUGCCCCCAUACUAGAAGUCAAGAUCCAAGACAGGGGCAAUACUCUUAAGAUCAACUGGAUCAAACAGGAUGACGGCGGUUCCCCCAUUAAACACUACCUGGUCAGAUACAAGGCUAAGCAUGUAUCUGACUGGAAACCAGAGAUCCGCCUGCCCCAUAACAGUGAGUAUGUGACGCUGAAUGGCCUGGACUGGAAUACAGAGUAUGAAGUUCACGUGGUGGCAGAGAAUCAGCAGGGCAAGUCGGAGCCUGCCGUCAUCUCCUUCAGGACAACUACAGACCCAACUACCAUCCCAGACGCCGUGGACGGUGGCUCAGGCCUGGGCACCGGAGCCAUCGUAGGCAUCCUCAUUGUUGUCUUUUUCCUGCUCUUGUUGGGCGUGGACGUCACCUGCUACUUCCUUAACAAGUGUGGACUCCUCAUGUGCAUUGCUGUGAACUUCUGUGGGAAGGCCGGGCCAGGUGCUAAGAGCAAGGACAUCGAGGAGGGCAAGGCAGCAUUCACGAAGGAUGAGUCUAAGGAGCCCAUUGUUGAGGUGAGAACAGAGGAGGAACACACCCCAAACCAAGGAGGAGGGGGUCCCACUGAGCCCAACGAGACCACACCUUUGACAGAACCUGAGCCUGCCGCUGCAGACACCACCUCCACGGUGGUAAACUUGCUCCCCUGCACUGCCACUAACUCAGUUGCUGAGAGCUUUAGCACGGCGCAGAGCAGUCCUGCUAGUGAGAGCACCACGCUAACCACCAGCGCCUCCAGCCCAACCAAAGCCGCCCCUGCCAACUCCUCCCCCAAAAACAGCCCUUCUGCCCAGUCCAGUUCACUUAACGCUAACACCCAACCUGAUGUUGGGCCCCUGGUCGACCUGAGCGACACCCCUAAAGUUCCCAGCCCAACACCCCUUGUCUCAGAGCCAGUCAGCCCUCCCUCUACUAAUGCCGAUGGGCCACAGAGCCAGCGUGACCCAGUCAAAGCCCCUGACAGCACCCAGAAUAAGGACUCACAAGUAGACGGCCCGACCAAGGAUGCGCCCAAUAUCCUGUGCACAGGCUCGACCACACCAGCCCAAAAUGACGGUAAGACUGUGAAGGACGAUAAGACCAAAGGCCAAACGGAGCUGAAGAAUGCCACAGACGAGGUGAAGACAGUUCCCAACGAGGCUCCCCAGACCAACGGCAAUGAAAGUAAAGCGUAAUCGCCACACCCAAGAGCAGCGGGAAGAAGAUGGUGGUUGUGGUAGGGAGAGUGGUCGGGUGUUAGUUUUUAAUGUUAAAAAAGGGGGGUCACAGUCACUGAAACCUCAAAGCAUUGUCACAAACCACCCCACCGCUUCAGAAAAUAACAAAAAGCAACAGAAAAAAAUAAAUAAAAUAAAUGAUGGGUCUCUUUCUACAGUGUCUUCUGACCAGGAAAAUGUAAAGACCUCAUGCACAUGCCUUAGUUCUUUUUACGUCAGUUUCUAGUUGUUUAUUUGUCAUGGGAAAAAGCAAAAUUCAUACUUGUAGUUCACUCUCUCGUAUGUAAUAUUAAAUUGAUCAACUGUUAAAUACGGACACUAUUUUCCUGUAGAGAAACAUGAUUGGACUGUAGCUUUACUUCACAGAUUACUGCCCUUGUGAUGUACACAUGUAAGACUGGUACUUUACCAAUACUACUAUUCUUUAUGCAGUAUGGUCAUCAUCGUGGUAAUGGAUUAUGGGUCUUUCUUCCUAUGUCGAUAUUUUGUUGUGUUUAAAUAAUGUGCAGACGUUACUGCCUAUUUAGCUUUUUUAAUGUGUAAUUUCCAGGGCUAGAGAUUAGAACAUUAGCAUGCCUGUUUUUUGCAAAGUUACUGUAUUUCUGUACAUGUUGCUGUCAUUUUGGUUCCUCUUUAGAUGUUUUUUUUCUUCUUAAAUGUCUCCAUAUGGUUCUGGUCGAGAAAUCGUUUAACCUAAGCUAUGAGAAAUGAAAGAAGACACCGGACACACAUCAUGCUAUUAAAGUCAACGUUCAGGGGUUUUCAACCCUGUCUCUCUAAAAAUUCUGUUUCUACAGUACAUGUAUAUUGGUAAAUGGUUUUGCCUAAUACAUUAUGAAAGAAAUGCUUUUGUUACUUUGCAGAUACUUUCAUUAAAAUGUUUAUUAUGUUGAUAAAAAUCUUAAUCUGGAUGACAUUUAGUUUCUAUCAAAACCUAUUUCCUGUUAAAAUUAGCAGUAUAUGAGUGUCUUUUUGUUUUUUGUUUUUUAGGAGACAGGGUUGGGUUCGGGGUAAGAAAAUGAUCACGUUGAAGAUUAUAGUUGUGUUCCUUUGCAGGGGCCACAGCCCUCAAAGUCCAGUUUUCAAGACUGAAUAAGUCAUAACAGGUCAAUUCGGGGUGUCUAUUUCCAAAGGAGGAAAUCUGCCUUAUUUUGCCUAUAUUUGAUGGAAAUUACUGGUGUUUCCUUUGAGUCUUAAGUAUCCUAAAAUCCACCAGUUAAUUGUUUGUACUGCUUUCAGUCCUAAUCAACCCGUUAAGUCAGAAAAUAUUCAAUAUGACCAAAUAUACCAAGUGUGUUCCUACUCGUUCUUGCUCCAAACUCGUGAAAUACGGACGCUUGGUCAGUGGCUGUCAGCGUCAGAUACGACGCAAAAAACACCCUUCAGCGUGUGUAGAACGCCCCGGGCAGAGCAGCAGCUACGCGGCGCUUGAAGAUGAUGUAGUAUUAAGAGAAACAACACUAGGGAGUAGUAGGAAAGACCGAAAUUCAGCGUAGGGAGGCUGGUUGAGGUGGUGGAUGGGUCAAACCCUAACCCCAGAGACCGGGGUUUGUGUCCCACAUGUCACGUUUCCUAAACU